CUAGCAGCCUGAAGAAAAACUGUAAAUGUCACUACCAGCAGCGCCGCUUCCGUCCUGUUUGACUUGUUUCCCUCGUGCUGAGUUUCAGCGUGUGACAGCCUGUGCAGAAUUUGAUGCUGCUUUAGGAUAUAUUGCGCAAUUUCCCGUUUGUUUGUUUUUUUUAAAAGGCACAUUGCGGUAAUGGAGUGUCGUGUGCUGUCCAUUCAGAGUCAUGUUGUCAGGGGAUACGUGGGGAACAAGUCGGCAACAUUCCCGCUGCAGGUUCUGGGCUUUGAAGUGGACUCCAUCAACUCUGUACAGUUCUCCAAUCACACAGGCUAUGGCCACUGGAAGGGACAGGUCCUGACAGCAGAGGAGCUGAAUGUGUUGUAUGAGGGCAUCAAGCUCAAUAAAGUGAAUCACUAUGACUACAUCCUCACAGGGUACAGCAGGGACACGUCCUUCCUGGAGACGGUGGUUGAUAUUAUUCAGGAGCUGAAGAAGGCCAAUCCCAGCUUAGUGUAUGUCUGUGAUCCUGUUAUGGGAGACCAGGGCGUUAUGUACGUUCCAGAGCACCUGCUGCCCGUCUACAAGGAUAAAGUAGUGCCUUUGGCCGACAUCCUCACCCCCAACCAGUUUGAAGCAGAACUGUUAACUGGCAGGAAGAUUAACACAGAACAAGAUGCUGUUGAGGUGAUGGACUUACUUCAUAAAAUGGGUCCAGAGACGGUGGUUCUCACAAGCACUGACCUGCCCUCAAAACUGGGGGACCAGUUCCUGGUGGCCCUCGGGAGCCAAAAAAUAACAAAACCAGAUGGGACCAACUCUAUUCAGAAAAUCUGCAUGGACAUCCCCAAAGUUGAUGCUGUAUUUGUGGGAACAGGAGACCUGUUUGCUGCCCUGUUGCUAGCCUGGACUCACCACCACCCCAACGACCUUAAGGCUGCCUGUGAAAAGACGAUUUCAGUAAUGCACCAUGUGAUUAAGAGGACCAUUACUUAUGCCCAGGAGGUGGCUGGCCCCGGGAAAAGGCCCACUCCUGCACAGCUGGAGCUGAGGAUGGUUCAGAGCAAGGCCGACAUCGAGAAUCCUGCCAUAGUAGUGGAAGCUAAGGUUUUGCAGAAGUCUUCACACUGAAGACUGUGAUCAUUCUAUGCUGUGCUGGUACAGGUCUGCUUCAAAUCGGGGCCAGUUGGGAUUUUCACAUCAAAAGACCGUCACUUGUCUCUGCCUUACAGAAUCUCUUGAGGAGGGGGUACCACUAUGUUUUCAUGAGUGGUCAACAGGAUUUCUUGUAUGUACAUUCUGCUCACAAACACACUGGAAUUACUGCCAUAUGUGUCUGUAUUUGGCCUGUGUAUACAUCCUGCCCUUCCAAACAAAAAAUGGACAUAAGUGAUGUUUAGUUUUAAUAUAGUGAAAUACUGUCUUGAAUAAAAAAAACAACUCAUUCCCGUUAAAAAGAACCACCAACGACGUAUGCAUGACCAUGACUUGACUAGCUUUGACUGUGGUCAAAACUAGUCACUUGUACGUAUAGUAUUUUGCUUACAAGGCAUAAGCACAUUCAUUUACUAUUGUUAUAAAAUUAAAAAAUGCUCAAGGCAUAGUGUGUAAGCACUGUGCGAAUUUUACUGAAAUUAUUUUAAUAAAAUGUUAUGAAUGCAUGCAAUGUGCUUAAAAUCCACUUGAAUGUUUUAUCAAGUGUUGCUACCUUAUACAUUGAGAUUAGAUGCACUACGAGUGCUGGGACAUGUACUGUAGCUGACUUUAUUGUGGACAAACUGUAAUUUUAAUGAUAAUCAUGACAAUGAUUGAUGUCAAGCAUACGGUAGGACCUUUAAUCGAUUUUCUGAAAUGGUUUUUCACCUCCUUUUUUAAUUAUGCAACGCUUUCUUGAACUAGUUAGAUCCAUGUCUUAAACAUCUCAAAUUGAGGUAUUUGCACAGAUAAUCUAUUGACUUACAACCAUUGUUGCAUUUUCAGCCGUUGUCAUAUAUCAAGAAAAGAGUCGCACUGUUUAAUAGCCUUAACGAGGUUAGGAAAGACAAACUUUGAUUGUGAAUGUUUUUGUGCUCUAAUAAUUGAUCCUUACACAUAAUGUUAGAAAGUCAAGUGCCAAACCUCGAGCUGCUGCUCAGGUAUAGAGCAAUAUGUGAACAGAAAUAAUAAAUGAUUAGUCUUUUACUGAAA